GUUGGAUUGCCAGACGAAAGUACUUCUUCCUAUGCUUACCAGUAAGCUGACUUUGAAAAUGCAACCCAAUGCUUCACAUAGGUACCUUGGCGAGAACAGAUUUGGAGGAAGCAUACCGCCAGAGCUAGGGAAUCUGCAAAAUGUAAUACGGCUGACUAUCAAUAACUGCCUAUUGAGCGGUGCUAUACCCCCUGAGAUUGGUAACUUGACAAGUGUACAGUACUUGGACUUGAGUCACAACCAAAACAUGAACGGCACGCUGCCUCCGGAGAUUGGCAACUGUUUGAACUUAACAACACUGUAAGGACAAUUUGUGGCGUUCAAUUUGCUGUAGCUCUCAUCAUUUGCCUUCCCUGUAAUUUUGAAGUUUGAACCCACUGUUUCAAUGCAUUUGACUCUG